AUGAAUAAUAGUAUUUCAAAUUUAAAAAGAAAAAAAUUUAAUAGUGAAGGAAAUCUUCAAGAGUUACUUAAACAAGAGUUAACAUUUGAUUGUAAUCAAUCUACAAUAACAGAGAUCGAAGAUGGAAGCAGCAUUAGCAGUGGUGUUGGUAGCAGCAGUACCGAGGGAGGUAAGAUUAUAGAUUGUUUAAUUCAUGGGGAUUCGAAAAUUGAAUUUAUAUGUGACGAUUGUCAAGAUAAACCAAUAUGCAAGCUAUGUCUAUCCGGUUAUCAUAAAGGACAUAGAGUAUCAAUUCUAGACGAUGAAAAAACCAAAUCUAUAAUCAACACUAUCAAAGAAAACAAUAUAUUAUCAACAUUAAAUCCAAUCAGAGAAACCAACGACCAAAUAAUGGAACUUGCAAAAAAGCAAUUAGAAGCCAGCGAGUUAAAAAAAGAAUCAUGUAAAAAUAUAAUUUCAAGUGAAUUUAAAAAACUGUAUGAAAUGUUUAAAGUUAUUGAAGAGGCUAAAAUUCAAGAAAUGGAAGAAUCACAAAAGAAAAACUUGGAAGCAUUUAAUACAAUUCAAAAUCUUUAUAACGAACAUCAAAAUGUCAUUUUACCCAUAGAAGAAGCUUGUAGACUAGCAAAAAAAGAUAGUAUUGAAUUAAACGAUUUAGAAAUCAUUAAAUUUAAUCACCAAGUGAACGAAUUGUUAAAAAAACCAUUAGAAUUCCAAAAUUUAACAAAAAUCUCUUUAUCAUCUAAUCAAUUCAUUAUCGAUACCAUGAUAGAAUCAUCAAAAAAACUAUUUGUUUUAAAAGAAUCAAAAUUUAAAAAUAAUUUAAAUAAUAGCACAAGUAGUAAUAGUUCAAAUGGUUUUUUAAAAUAUUAA